CUGGCAAGGUUAGAAACUUUUCAGUGGCCCAAAAAAGAAAGAAUUCAUUCACUUUCUUUUUUCAUCUCAAGUCUAGGAAACUCAAGCUGGAUAAGUUUGUGCAGUUCAAAAGAAUCUUCAUUGAAAGAAAUGCAGGAGAUGGCGACUCACAUGUUCAUUAAGGGCAAGACAACAUCUGAAGAGACACAAAACAUUACUGCAGAAGCUGAAAAUAGGAGAAGGCAACAACAGAAAGAACUUCAUACAAACUCCAACAUUAGCCCGCUCGCAAGAUUUCUACUUUCCAGGUAGGUUGAAUGAUUGUUCCCUUCCAGCAACGGAUUUUUUGUUUUUUACAAUCAGUGUGGAGUCCUCAAGUCCUUCCUUUGAAAUGUCUUCAUAUUGAAACUGGCUGUUGUUGCUGUUUCAGAUGGCAAAGCCAAGUUUCAAAGGAUCUCAAUCCAGCAUGAGGAAGAGGUGGAAAUGAUUGCAUUACAUCCUUAUUGUCUUAUGCUUUCUAUUUUUAUACAUUUAUUCUACUUCAAUGUACAUAACAUUGUAAGAAAAUGGUGUCUUUAUCAUCCAUUAUUCAUUAUUUUUUUGUUUUAAAGUUUUGUUUUGCAGUUUGAUGUAUAAUUAAGUUUUUGCUAAUAUACAUUACAGAUGUAAUCUUUAUAAGAAUAAUAAUAAUGAAGAAGAAUAGUUGGUGAUGUAGGCAGAGUCUGAUACAUAAUUUUGACAUUAGGAUUCAUGCAAGAAUUGAGAGAGGACAAUUGUCACGCCCCAAAAUUGGGAGUGUAACAUAUGUUGUACAAUUGUGAGACAGUCCCAUAAAUGCACAAGAUUUGAAACUUAUUUAUACCACAAAAUUUACUCUAAUACCAUAACAUUUCAAACUAAAAUUUAUCUUACAAAAGCAUGAUCUAUAUUUAAAAAAAAAAAAAAAAUCUAUGCUCAAAAUACAACUAGCCUUUUAGU